AUGUCCGAACGCCAGCAGAUCACGCCGCUGAAGCCGUACGACCUAGAGGAGAUCCGCAAAAGUCGGAAGCGUGCAGCCACCAAGUUUUCCAAGCGCCGCAAGACGUUCUUGCGCAGGGCGCAUGAUCUGUCGCAAGAUUGUCAGGCCAAGGUGUACACCUUCAUCGAAUACAAUCGUCGCACAUGGGUCUUUACGAGCGAGCCGGAUCAAGCGUCAUUUCCGCCUACAAAGGAUGAGAUUCUUCGAAUCUAUCCGCUUCCGGAGAUAUUCAUACCUAGCAUGUUCUCCACCUUGCCUCAGGUUCACAACGACAAGCAUGACGUGGUAGAUUCCGCGCUGUCAGACAGGUUUGAUACUCACGCCGCUGAUCAAUGAACACCAAGCAAUCGUGGGGAUUGCAGACGAAUGCCGCCAAUCGUUCGACAGAGGCAGUUUGUAUGGCGGGCUGGGCAAUCGAGUGAGGACCAGACCGAUAAGUCCAUCGGAUUGCGGAACUGCGGUGUAGGAGGCACGCGACAAGAGGAACAAGAGAACUCGCGCACAGCAAGAAACCCCCCUCGUAUCUUCCCUCCUCACUGAGAUAUGACGUGCAGUCGAGGCCCACUGUCGCCGCUGCCGACAACUAUGCGGGAGUCGGAUUGACCGGUCUUUCAUGGCGGGCGCGGUGCUGGAGGAUCUGCCUUACCGCUCGUUCAAGAUAGGGCCAGGCUCUCCGUUCUUGUUUGAUGCCUGUUACUUCGAGUUUCGAGCUCCAAUCAGUGCCACCACAAAUGAGCUAGCGUCGGGGCCGCUCUGUAUGUCGGCUUCCGAUAUCCUCCAAAGGCUCGUAAUUAUACGAUGGUUGUUGUUGGAACCUGAGAUUGUAGGAUGUUUUGUCUGCGUCACAGAGUAUAUCUCGGGAAUAAAGAUUUUCAACUUGGGCCACGAGCUCUGUGGCACGUGGAUAACUCUUACACAAAUAUAUGU